CUCUCUCUCCUCUGCAUGUGUGAAUUUCUCCAGCGAUGUGGCGCUUCGGUGCAGAGCAGCAACACGCAGCUUCCUUUUUUUAAUUCCUCCAUCCAUCCAUCUCUCCAUCCUUCUUUUUACUUUCUUUCUUUAUUUCUUUCUUUUCCUUUCUUUCUGUUUCCCCUCCCCUGCUAGCGCUGUCUUUUUGAUGUUCCCUUUUGUGUUCAAUAAACACUCCAUUUGAAUCAUUUUGAGCCUUGGUUAUUCUUCUUAUUAUUAAUUAUUUAUUUAUUUCCCGCUGCCGAGUUGCAGAUAAAGAGAAAACGGAUUCGUGCUUGUGGUCAGUGUAGCUCGAGCUCGAGGGCUUUAUAUUACUGGCUUUAAAUAUCGCUCUGGACGUCGCCUAACUUUGCCUUUAUAGACACGACGGCAUCUCCAAACUAACAUGGCAGUCAGGCUGUGUGAUGUGGCUUCUCUGCUUAGAAGUGGCUCGUGGGCGGCUGAGCCGUGGACUGGGCAGGUGAUUGCUGCCAUGGAAACGCAGCUCUCGAACGGACCGACAUGCAACAACACGAGCAACGGUCCGAACCAGAUGAACAGCUGCUCUUCACCGGUGGAGUCGAGCGGGAUGGAGGACAGCAAGACAAACUUGAUUGUCAACUACCUGCCCCAGAACAUGACCCAGGAGGAGCUCAAGAGCCUCUUCGGCAGCAUCGGAGAGAUCGAGUCCUGCAAACUCGUACGAGACAAAAUCACAGGGCAGAGCCUCGGGUACGGCUUCGUGAACUACGUGGAUCCAAAAGACGCAGAAAAAGCCAUCAACACUCUCAACGGACUGCGACUGCAAACCAAAACCAUCAAGGUGUCCUACGCCCGUCCAAGUUCGGCCUCCAUCAGAGACGCCAACCUGUACGUGAGCGGUUUGCCCAAGACCAUGACGCAGAAGGAGCUCGAGCAGCUUUUCUCUCAGUACGGACGGAUCAUCACUUCCCGGAUCCUCGUCGAUCAGGUCACAGGCGUGUCCCGGGGUGUGGGUUUUAUCCGUUUCGAUCGGCGUGUGGAGGCUGAGGAGGCCAUUAAGGGGCUGAAUGGGCAGAAGCCUCCCGGAGCUACCGAGCCCAUUACGGUGAAGUUCGCCAACAACCCGAGUCAGAAGACCAGCCAGGCGCUGCUCUCUCAGCUCUACCAGUCUCCAAACAGGAGAUACCCAGGACCGCUUGCCCAGCAGGCUCAGAGAUUCAGGCUGGACAACCUGCUGAACAUGGCUUACGGAGUGAAGAGUAGGUUUUCUCCCAUGGCCAUCGAUGGCGUCACCAGUCUGGGCAUCAACAUCCCCGGUCACGCCGGUACAGGCUGGUGCAUCUUCGUCUACAAUCUGGCUCCGGACGCAGACGAGAGCAUCCUGUGGCAGAUGUUCGGGCCGUUUGGCGCCGUGACGAACGUGAAGGUGAUCCGUGACUUCAACACGAAUAAGUGCAAAGGCUUCGGCUUCGUCACCAUGACCAACUACGACGAGGCGGCCAUGGCCAUCGCCAGCCUGAACGGCUAUCGCCUCGGUGACCGCGUGCUGCAGGUCUCGUUCAAAACUAACAAAACACACAAAGCUUAACGGCAAGCGUUUCUCUCUGCUUGGGAGCAGGCUGUGAAACGCUCAACUUUCUCAGACAUGUUUGCUAAUCAGUGUUAUAAAGCAAAACUUAGGUUUUUUUUUUUUUGACAGUUUUUUUGAUGAUUUCUUUUGCUGGUCUUUAAAAAAAAAAAAAAAGUGAUUAACAGCAUGCGUUGGGUGGCGACCGUGCCCCUUUUUUGUGUCCAUUUGUUUUUCCUCUCCUUCUCUUUCAUUUUCUUAUUUUGAGUCAUUUUCGAUGUGUAGUAUUCGAAAAGAAAAAAAAAACCUUUGGUAAUCUUUCCAUGUUUAGUUUCUCAUAUUGAGUUCAUUGGCUGCAUAAAUGUUACUGUUAAAUUGAGGAAACAAACAAACUUAAAAAAAAAAAAAAAAGACAAAAAAAAUUCUUAAAGCCGGUACCUUGCCAAAGAGCUAUGAACCUCUUUGAAGUGGGUUUAAAAAGUGUCUAUUUUUAUAAAAAGAGAAAAAUUUGGAGAAACUUUUUACUGGACAUGGAGCAAAAUAUUUUGACUUUGAGAAACUAUCUUCAUACGACACCCUGUGACAUUUUCACACUUUACCAGACAGUUUGCAGAGUUAGAAAUUUCUGGACCGAUUUAUUGACCACAAAGAUCGUCUUUUGGAGGUCUUUGUGUUCCACAGCUUGCGCUUGGAUUCGAUAUUUUUGAGACGCAGGCCGCCAAAACCGAAGGUUUUAUUACAAACACACACACACACAAACAUACACACACACGCGCGCGCGCGCUAGCACACGUGUGCAUGUAGGAUGAUGGAGGGAAUCUGUAGGUCGUGAGCAAUUUUGGGUGAAUCGGUUCUUCCUCUACGGUUUCCUUCUAUAAAGAAACGGGGUGUGGGGGUCGUCAGUGCCGUGUUUAGUAUCUUGUUAAACACUUUGUCUUUCUAAACACUGGCAAAGGUUUUAGCUGCUCCAAAUGAAGGCGAGAACGGGCCGACGAUGCCUGCGAACAGAACAAUAUCGACCGAGAAUGAAGUGUUUGAAGGGAGAAGAUCUCCUGAGUUAAUACCUUACUGUAAAUAGAAGUACUUUACGUUGAGUAAUAUAUGUACCCUUAUUUUUUUUUUUUUUUUUACCCCCAAACGUGUUUCAUUUUUUUUCUGUGUACGUACAGUUAAUUAUUUACCUUUUUUUUUUUUUUUUUUUGGUUAAUAAUUUGGAUUUGCUGAUGAGUCGUUUAGUUGAGACACUUUGUUUGAUGCUUUAUUCCUGUAUCAGAUUUGUUGGUGGUUUUGUCCGUAGAUAGUCUCGCUUCUGCAAAAUUCUAGGCCUCCUUUUUUUUUGUUUUGUUGUUUUUUUUUUUUGUUUUGUUGUUUUUUUCUCCUCUCUUUUUCCUUUCUAUAUAUUAUAAGCAUUAAAUAUUUGUGGUUAAAUAUUGACGAGCCACAGUUUUGAGCGAAUACUCAUUUGGUUUAGUUUUUGGUAUCCACGUUACACUUAACAUGUAAUAUAACCCGUUUUAAACUGAGAAAUAAAAAGUGUAUAUCGCUUAAUAUUCAUGAGGGGAGCCUGACGAGGCUUUUUUUCUACAACCGUAGCAACACAAUGGUGUUUUAUUCUCCACUUAAUGAAGGAAAGAGCCUUUAACAGUGCAGUUCAGGCUCCCCGGAUGUGUGGCAUUGUGCUAUGCAUUACAUUUUUCUUUCGUUCUUUCUCUUUUUGAGCGUUAAUUUGUUUGUUUUCAUCGAUGAACUGUGGCUUUGUGCUGCUCGGGGACACGGAGAGCUUUUCGUACCACGUGAGGUUUAUUUAUUUAUUUAUUUAUUUAUUUUUUUGUCCCUUUUUUCUUUCUUUAAAUAAAAAAAAAAAAAGGCAAACGAAGCUCUAAAAGGCAGCAGGGACCAAUCAGCUGCUCGAGAUUUACACCCGGCCGAACGUAAGCUCGGAUCCCGUCUGUGGCGCCAAAAGCCUCCGUGUCUCGUCUGUAGUCUCAGUUCUGUAGUGUGCGCAUUAUUUAUUUCGAGUUGUACAGUAUAAACCUUAUUCACAGCUGAGUUUGAAAUUUUUGGGGUAUAUAAUAUAUCUUUUUGUUGAGUAUUUAAGAGAAAAACAGUAUUACUGAAGAUGUACAUGUUCUUUUUUUUUGGCUUUCUUUUUUUUCCCUUUUGUGUUUGGAAUACUUUGUAUUUUUUCAUGUUCGGUACAUCAAUAAAUAAAUUGAAGGAAGCUGUGAUAGAGUUGA